GCUCUAUCUCUCUCUAACUUCUCACAGUCAUAACAGUCCUGAUAAGAUAUGAUUUUGAAGCUGGUCAUCAUUGUGCAAACCUGGAGCGCCAUUCACGGAGCUACAGAUCCAAGUAAAUACAUCAGAACAGUGCAAAUAAAUGAAACAUGCAGAGCAGACAAGAUAGUAGUAACACCAUAUCUCGAAGUGGAAAAAUAUUGUUUCAUAAUGUGUAAGAACAAAACCAAUGAUUGGAAAGAAAAAACUACCGAAGACAUUUCUGACGAAAGACUCUGCAAUUUUGGCGAAUUUGAUCCUCCAAUACCUGUUGAGAAUACUGGGAAAUGCGUUAAUGGAUCUUGCAGAAAUCCCGAUAGCAUUGCGAGGAGAACAAAGAAAGAACCUGCCUGUUUUGAUUACGAGAGGAUGAUGUAUGAAGGCGAGGAAAUAGCAGUAGAGUGCAAAAAAACUUGCUAUAUCAAUAGAUGGCCUGAAGAUAUAAACCUGGAAAACGGGGAGAAGUGUGUGUACAAAAAAACUUCCGAGUUUUUUGGAUUACGUGAAAAAGUCGCUGAAGUUGGGACGUGCCAAAAUGGAAUGUGUAUUAGAAAACAGGAAUGCCUACGGACGAAGCUGCUCGUUUAUCCCGGAUUCAGCGUCGAUAAGGAUUGCACCAUCAAGUGCAACGGCACUUCAAGUAAAAUGCUAGCUAACGGAACAAUGUGCGCGUUACGGACUUCAACUCCAGGAUUCACGUUCUGGUCUCUCUUUGGCACAAAACCUACCACGCUUGUGGAUGAAAUUGGUAACUGCUGCGCUGGGAAAUGUGUUAAACUAGCUAAAUACAUAGUUCCCCCUCACAACACAACCAAAGGAUGCAACGGAACGGAUGUUUUCAUCAAUCAAAACCUGAAAGUAGCGACACACUGCCAAGCGGAAUGUGGCGACGGCACUACUGAGCGCCGAGCAAGGGAUACUCUUUGCCUCUGGCAGUAUCGUCGACAUGACCAUCUUGAUAUCUUUAAGAUUGGAUAUUGCUACUGUGGAAUCUGCGAGCCUCUCUAUAAUUAUGUUGUUCUAGUGGACAGAGAAAACCCACUCGUACAAAAGGAGGAUCACUUACUGGAAUCAUGUUAGUGCAAUGCGUAUAAAAAGUAUCUUAAAUGUUAUAAGUAACGCACAUUUAUUCACUAAUAAAACAUUGUUUACGGUUA